CUGAGCCUCGGAAAAGAGCCAUGGCCAACGCGGGGUUGCAGCUUCUGGGUUUCAUCCUGGCUUCGCUGGGAUGGAUCGGCUCUAUCGUCAGCACUGCCCUGCCCCAGUGGAAGAUUUACUCCUAUGCUGGGGACAACAUCGUGACUGCUCAGGCCAUCUACGAGGGACUGUGGAUGUCCUGCGCUUCGCAAAGCACCGGGCAGAUACAGUGCAAAGUCUUCGACUCCUUGCUGAAUCUGAACAGUACUUUGCAGGCAACCAGAGCCUUGAUGGUAAUUGGCAUCCUGCUGGGGCUGAUCGCAAUCUUUGUGUCCACCAUUGGCAUGAAGUGCAUGAGGUGCUUAGAAGAUGAUGAAGUGCAAAAGAUGUGGAUGGCUGUCAUCGGGGGCAUAAUAUUUGUAAUUUCAGGUCUGGCGACAUUAGUGGCCACAGCAUGGUAUGGAAAUAGAAUUGUUCAAGAAUUCUAUGACCCCAUGACCCCUGUCAAUGCCAGGUAUGAAUUUGGCCAGGCUCUCUUUACUGGCUGGGCUGCUGCCUCCCUCUGCCUCCUGGGAGGUGCCCUACUUUCCUGCUCCUGUCCCCGGAAAACAACCUCUUACCCAACACCACGGCCUUAUCCCAAGCCAACACCUUCUAGUGGGAAAGACUACGUGUGACAGCGGCGAAGGAAGAGAUCCUCCUAGAGCGAAUACAAAAUGGACAUUGAGACUAGCAUUGACAUUAAGGCCUUAAACUGUUGACUAUGGUUAUCUAAACUGUGGUAGAACAAAAGGAAGCAUAUUUUUAUACAUCCCCAUGGCUAUGAGGGUCUUGGCUGUGCCUUACCAUCUUUCCUGAGUACGGGAGGGAAGCCUUUUGCCUUUGAACUGCUGCUUCCCACUGAGUGAUGACACUCAAAUGGGCGAAGGGUGCUCCUUAAGUGUGUAUAGAUAUGUACAUAUACAUAUUUUCUAUUAAAAAUAGACAGCUAGCAAUCUCUUAUUCUCCCCAUAUUGUACCAGCAUACUUUAAAUGACUAUAAAAUAUAUACAAUUCCACAUUGAUUAAAUAAGCUUUCUGGUGUAUUUUUCUUUUCUCUAUGAACAUAAGUGAUCAGCCAAAUAUUACCCCUUCGAUCAGCAUUUAGUAUCUUUGCCAUAAGACCAGACUUCCUUACGAACUCAGACUAUGUUCUUUUUUUUUUUCCAUUAUGUCUUCUUUACAUCAAAAUAUUUGUUCUCCAUGUUUUGUUUUUUUUUUUUUACUCUAACAACUGCUUUUUCAGAUUGUUAUUCUGAGGCUUGAUUCUAACUCCUGAAUCUAAUAAUGAACUUUGAGCCCAUAUGUUAAAACUUAAAACCAGUAAGAAUCUCAUACUGUGUUUCUGAGCUGUGGGGGCCAAUAUUCCAGAGAGAUGAUGUUUCUCCACUGACCUUUCCCACAGGGUCCCUGCACUUUGGUCUGCAGCUGUCUUGUUUGCUUUAAAAAUAUUUGUUUCCCUGAGUGGCUAAGCUGCUAACCCUGUGGUUGAAACAGUUUUAUUGACUGCAUUUUUCAGGUACUUAUUUUCCAUUCCAGAUCCUGCAAACUGCAGCUCUCCUCUCCCCUCCUCAGCUAUCUUGUUUUCCCACGUAUAAUUAUCCUACAGUUUAGCUCUUUGCAGAUAGGUGUGGUCCGUUUAUCUACACAAACUGCUAGACUUGCCAGAGUGAUAAUCUAGUGACAAAUAUUCUCUCUGUAGCCAUGGACAAUUUACAAUCCUUAUACCUCGUUUUCCCAUCUGUCAAAUUGGGAUAAUUACACUUAAACAGCUGGUAGAGGUAAUGCGAGUAUUAAUUAGUUGAUAUGACUCUCAUUCUUUGAACAUGAAAUAUGCCUAAGUAGUGUUUUUCCUUGCUCAAUUAGCAGCUCUGAAGUCACUGAAUAAAAUCUACACACAUGCCUCCAAUGCCGUUCUGUAUCUCUCUUUGUCAUGAGUUCAUUUCCUCCCAUCUAGCUGUGCAUGGCCUGUUGUUGGUGCUGUUUCAUUUUGAUGGUUCUCAACUGUAGCAGAGGCCCUUCAGCAGAGCAAGGUGUUGUAAUACAAAGGGUGUUGCCAUUGCCAUGGGUAGACCUGGAUUUGCAUCUUGGUGCUAUCACUUAAUUACUGAGGUUGGGCAGAGGCCCUCGAUUGCCCUACAGGUAUUGCUCCAUCUAGACAACGGGUUCAUUAACUUCUGCCAUGCCUAUGUCGCAUGAGUCAAGAGGGACGCAGGCAAACAUGGUUUUAUGUUGGAAAACAACAUGUCACUCUAUAAAUUAAGGAAUUUAAGUUAAUGGGUUUUGUCUUUAUUUUUCAAGCAAUAGGAAAGAGAAACAUGUUAAAUAGUUUCUUUCCUUAAGAACUCUCAAAUGGGGAGUUCCAAAGCUUACUAAGUUAAACUGAUCUUAAGUCUUUAAGGCGUUUGGUUGUGAGUCAGUGUUUCAGCCUAUGGUCCACGCUGGCCAAGAACUCCUGUGCCACACAAACAUCCUUCUGCCUCAGCCUCACAACUGUUAUGAUGACAGGAAUGAGCCCCAUCCCACUGUUACACCCUGGUUUCAGAAGUUUGGCCUGGUACUUCUAUUGCUAAGCAAAUGCAAUGGCGGAAAGUGACAGUGUAUGGAUACUCUAAAAGCAUAAAGCGUGCUCUUUGUGAAGUGAUACUUUCAACGUUAAAUGGAAGCUGGCAGUUCUAGGAGAGGUUAAGAAUUAUAACUUAUGGUAAAACCACAUGGAUGAAGUUAUAGAAAGAAUGAAGUCUUAUGUGAAUUUGUACUAUGUAAGUUUGACUGUAUUUAGAUGUGUAAUCAUGCAAAGAUCUUUUGCCACAAUUACUGUGCCUAAUGUGUAAUGUAAACACAUAGAAAAAAAAAACACUUGCUAAACUACACAAAAUUCUAUAUUCCAAAAUAAUCCCAUAGAAGUCUUAUGUCAGAACUUACCUAGAUUUGAUAUUUUUAUACCCUAAUACCAAACCUAAAACAGAUCAAUUGAUAUUUGGGGGCUGCGGUGGGAAUUUGUAUAAAGUACUACUCUUUUUCAAUAAAUUGUUGUUUUUUUAAUUAAAAA